AUGGAGGUUAAUGAGAAGUUGGACAAAAUUCGCCAAACAAUUGGAAACCAAGUGUACAAGUCCCAUGUCUACAAGAAAUAUUUUGCUGUCGAGAACAAACUCUCAGAUUCAGAUGAAAAUAUUGUUCAAAUCAAGAAAGUUAUUCUUGAAAUGAAGGAGAAGAUGAAGCGACCUAUCCCACUCAAGUGGCUAGAUUUGUUGAUUGGGAUCCAGGAAUUAAGUGAAGAAAACGUGACUCUCCCUUUGAAGCAGGUUGAAAAAAUGGCAAGGGAAUGUGGAAUUUCAGAUGAUGAGACAAUUGAUGUUGCAAUCAAAUACUUAAGUGAUGUUGGUGAAAUCAUGUAUCACCCAAAAGAGAAAGCAUUAAGGGACAUAGUGGUGAUUCAACCAAUGGAGAUUGUUGAGUAUAUCAAGCCUGUGUUCACCAUCAUAAAGCCAGAACAGUGGGAACCAACACUAAUAGAUGACUGGAAAAACUUGAAAAAAGGUGUUCUAACGAAGCGCCUUCUUAAGCAUCUUUGGGAGAAGUUUCCAAUAUUUCAGAAUGACACGGAUGAGAAAAUGUUUACAUUUUUUGUCGACUUGAUGAAUAACUUUGGUCUCAUAUGUCAAAAAAAGGAACAAGAUGCUGGUUCAGAUAGUAUUUCUUACUAUGCUGUUUCACACUUACAAGCUAGACAUUCAGAAGAUCCAAAAUGUGACCAAGGGAAUAACAAAGUAUCCAUUUACCAUAAUUUCUGUGGUUUUCUGCCUGAUCAUUUUUUCCAUUUGGCUGUCACUAAAUUCAUUGAAGAGUUUCAGAUGGAAAAUGGAUAUGAACCUAAACUGGCAUAUGAGCAUGCAAAGUUUAGCAUUGACAAUCGUCAUUAUGUGAACAUAUCAGUUGUAACCAUCAACCACCAUCGGAUGUUUAAGACAACAAUUGUGAGAAGACAACAACCCAAUGCCUCUUACGUUAUGGAACCAGAACCUGAAACAUGUAAAAAG